AUGAAGGCCUACGGAUAUGCCGGGUUCGUCUGCCAACAUUUUCCCGUGGAGAUUGCCGCUUUGAAGCCCCACGCCGCACUUACAGUAAGAUAUACGAUUCUAAGGUUAGCGUGUACAGUCAUAAAUGCACUUAUAGUUGGAACCAGUGUUUCUCCUGUUGUUGGUGACGCCAGGGAUGAGUUUGUAGAUGUUGUUUCUACCUUUAGGUAUGUUGAAUUCUUGGUUUCAUAUUUUCAGACUUUUGUUGGUGCAGUCAAGGCAUUACAUGUGCUUCCUCAGGAAUCACCUACCUCAUUGAAAAAACCAUUGGGCAUUGUUUAUUCAAAAAAAAUCAUCAAGGCUCGAAUGGUAACUCCCAAGAAAACGUUCGCAUUACUAGACAACUCACUGGAGAUCAUCCUCUUGGAGCAGAAUAGACGUGAAAACCAGUCUUUGGACGAAAAUCCCAUCAGGAAAGUUACUGAUCAGGUGCAGGAGGCAGCCCAUAUUUCAGGGAAAGAAAAUUCAAACAGAAAAGAAUCGCAAAUUGAGAGUAAAAAUGGUGCUGGUCAAAAUGGCGUGAGGAAAGACAUUAAUACCAAACAUCUGAAGGAUAUUCAUUCAUACUGCAUGAUAGACAACUAG